CAAAGUGUUCUGGGAUUUGUAGUUUUGCAGGCUAUCUAGAAUGCAAAGACAGUAUCGUCAAACUGCCCUUCGUCCCAAUAGUCCUGUCCCGUAAUUGGUUUGGAUGCUGACAGCGGUCAGGUGAUGAUAUUACACGCUUUCCUUUUGCGUUUAUUAUGUGGAUAAAGUGCAGCUUUGAGAAAUCGGCACAGCAUUCCUGCACGAUAUCUACCAGACCACAGAAAUAAUGGAGUAGGUGACGCACUUGAAAACAACUGCGAAAAACUGAUUUAAAUUACCUGAUAUUAAAGAUGAGGAGUAACUCUUCCACAUCACUUUGCCACCGGAGAAGCCUUGGCUCUGUUCACCCUGGGAGCAGCCCAGCUAUAUUUCAGAGUUCAGGUCAAGCUUUGCCUUACCUAGAUUCUGCUGUUGAGCUGUUGAUGGUCCAGCGUGAUUUCUGUUUAGCUCUAGAGACCUGUGAGAAAGGAUUAGAAAGUAUUAACAGCCUUUCUGAAUUGGAUGACUCAACCAGCAGUUACAGAUGUGGAGAAAUGAAGAUUGCUUUUUGCAUCAUUGGUGUCCAAGCCUUGGCCGAACUUAAUGAAUGGAAAUCUGUUCUUAACUGGUUAUUGCAGUAUUACGGUACUCCAGAGAAACUUCCUGCUAAAAUUAUGCAAAUGUGCAUCCUCUUAUUCACCAAAGUUGAUGAGCCAGGUAUAAUUUUUGAAUCAGGCAAAGAAUGGCUGAGGAGCCCAUCUAAUCAUUGUUGCCUUGGAUUUAAUACUGUAGCAGAGCUCUACCUCCUUCAUGUCCUAAUUCCAAUGGGCAAGUUUAAAGAUGCAGAAACCUUGGCUGGAAAUGGUGUAACCUUCAAUGAUGAACAGCGCCAGGUUGUCAUGGAGAUCAUUAAGCAGAAGAGAGAAGAAAAAAAUGGAAUUCCUGACCCUGGUCCAGCAAGUCAGAUUCAAACCAAAAGUACCUUGACAUCAAAACAAAGGUUUCCAUCUAAAUGUUUGCUGCCUCUUGUCAGAUUGUUGCAAAGAGGUUUUCUGUUGAUAAGGAGAGGAGUUUGCUCCAUUCCUUUGCAGAAGGUGGUCCUCGCUGUCAUGAUUCUUUUCCUGCUUUUGAUGCGUAUAGACCCUGCUCUCCCCUCUGCCUUGCCUUGGAUCUCCAGCCUCUUGCAGAUGUUGAGACACAUGUGGGACAUGAUGUUUGCACCAUACUACAGAGCCAAAGUCAGCCAUUAACUUUGGCUUCAACAUUUUUGAGAACAUAUAUAACCCAUAUUUUUUUAUGAAUAUAUCAUUGGUCAAACUUGUGACUGGCCUUUAAAUAUUAUAUAUAA